CAAAGCGUACUUUCGGCAGUUUAGUCGCUCCGUGUUGCUCCUAUUGUUCAAGCCGCUUUUUACCAGAGCUCGGGAACUUAGUCAACGGCACGCGGUUAACGGUUUUCGUUUUCGCAUAGCAUGUGAUAUAACCAAAUAUUUCGAAUUCACAAGAUUAGCAAAAGAUGAAUAGCCAAGCAAAUGAAAUAGCACCUGCAGAGCCCGCACCACAGGAUUUCAAGGCACCUGUGUUUAACGAUAACAAACUCGUGCUCUACUUCCACCCAUACAACUUCUACUCGCAAAAAGUUUUGCUGGUGCUGUAUGAGAAAAACAUUGACUUCACACCCUACGUCGUCGACUUGUGCAAUGGCGAACAGUAUUCCAGUUGGUUCCUAAAUCUAAAUCCCAAAGGCGAUGUGCCUGUGCUGCAGGAUGGCGCCUUUAUCAUACCCAACUCGCCGCAGAUUAUCAACUAUGUGGAGUCGAAGUUUAGAGGAGAGCAUCAUCCCACCCUGAAGCCAUAUAUGCCAUAUUCGCUGGAAUAUGAUAGGAUGAGCACAUUUGAACGCGCCUUUACACGCCUACCAGUGGGCGCACUUAGUCUGGGCUCCUUUAUCCACGACGACCUUAAGCUGUCGCCCAAGGCUCCCUUCAUUGGGCCCGUGCGGCAAUCCUGCCUGAAGAACAAUGAUAAGGUCAUGGACAUGCUGCGUCGAUCCAUGGAUGAGACAAACUCGAACAUCUGUUUAAGUGCACUGAAGCAGAAGCUAGAUAUUCAGGUGCGUCGCAGAAAUCUUGUUGCCUCACGUACAGACUUUCAGCGUGUGCUGGAUGCCGUUCGCAACGUGUUGCUCUUCGUUGAGCAGGAACUCUCAAAGCAAGCGCCACGAAAGGAGUGGCUCACGGGCGACGAGCUCACCCUGGCAGACGUCAGCCUGGGUCUGCUGCUGCAGCGGCUCUAUCAGCUAGGCUUCGAGAACUAUUAUUGGGGCUACGGCAAGCUGCCGCUGGUAGAGGGUUUCUUUUUGCGGUUCAAGCAACGGCCCUCGUACCACAAACUGAUGCCCAGCAGCAAUUUCGAGAUUUUGAAAGAGAUGUGGAGCAUGACGCCUUCCAAUUACAAGUUGGGAGCUACCGCCGGUUUCUUGGGUAUGGCCAUGUUCGCAGCCUUUGCGCAUAAGUAGGCGGCAAGCUGUUUGUUAACAAUCGUUUUAUUGUUAUUGUUAAAGUUGGGCACAUAUAAACACAAACAAAAGAACGCUUAAGUCUACGUGGUAACAAUGCAAGCAAGAUGCGGAAGGCAGAAACAGUGAAUGAGAGAUGAGUGAGAGAGCGGAUCGUCGAGACCCCAAUGAGCUAUGAACAGCGCACCACGGUAAUGUGCGAGCCUCAAAAUUACUGAUAUUAUUGUACAAUCGUGUUUAUAAAAUUCAUUUGGUAUUAAGUUCUAUUUGGUACAAAAGAUUUCGCUAGCCACUACCGGUUAAAAUGA